AUGAAGUCAUUCGAGCGCUCGAGGCAAUUAGAGGUGGUACCUCAGUCAAGAGGGCCUCGAUUGAGUUCGGGAUUCCAAGGAGUACACUUCGGAAUCGUCAACGAGGUCAACAGGCCAGGGCAAUCGCUUUCGCAGACCAGCAGAGGCUUCCCCCCUGGCAGGAAGAUAGGCUGGCUGAAUGGGUUCGUAUUCAGCAUGCUCUAG